AUGGCCACGUAUUUCUUCGCUGAUUACGAGAAAAAGCGUCGUCUUUGGAUUGACAUUCUUUUGCACUUCUUUUUGGCAAUUUUUGGCGAGAUUUUUGCUUAUUUCUAUACGUUUCUCGGAGUUUACAUAUCGAAGAAGAUCUUUUGCGUACUGCUCGGCUUGAUCUUGAUCUGUGCCUUGUUGACAGUUGUGGUUCAUCACUAUUUGUACACCUGGAAUCGCCGAAAACUUCGCUCACUGAUCAAUCAACCUCGACUUUAUUCGCUGAGUGUUCGCUUUCAGUUAGAGGAGAAUUGUCGAGCGUUGAAACUAAUCAGACCAGGCGUUCUAUCGCACAGUGUAGUGAUCGCCGUAUUUGGCCUCUUCCUCGGCGCUCCACUCCUCGUUUUUCCGCACGGAACGCCGACUGGCGAAUUCAUUCUUGCAAUCACUGAAGCAAUGGGAAGUUUACACGUCAUCGCCAUGCAACAAGUGAUCCUCAAAACAGUGCCCAUGUACAACAAUACGUACAAGAUUCACCCAAAUCACGAUACUGUACUCUAUUUUCAACAAUUAAGAGCACAAUGGGAU